AUGGCAUUACCUAAGCUCAGCGAGGGCUCCAUUGCGAGUAUUUUGCAAGGGGAGACUUCAUUACAUCCUAUUUUGCAAGUCAUUAACAUUCGUCCGAUCAACACUGCUACUGGUCCUCCUCGAUACAGAUUGCUGAUGAGUGAUGGGUUAAACACACUUUCGUCUUUCAUGUUGGCUACCCAGUUGAACUCUCUCGUGGAUCAAAAUCUCCUUGCGGCAAACUGUAUCUGCAAGGUCUCCCGGUACAUUGUGAACAACCUUAAAGAUGGAAGACGUGUGGUUAUAGUAAUGGAGAUGGAAGUACUGAAGGAAGCCGAUUCAGUUAAUGGAAAGAUUGGGAAUCCUCAACCUUACAAUGAUGGUCAGACUGCAUCCACUCCAGCAGCUCCAGCUUCUGCUCCUGCUCCUGUACAGAGUAAACCAGUUCAGAACUCAGCUCCACCUCCUUUCAUGAACAGAGGGAUAUCUAAAACGUUUGGCGGGGGAGGUAUAUUAAGUACCCCUGGUGGAUCUCAAGCAAAGGUGGUGCCAAUUGCCAGUCUAAACCCAUACCAGUCAAAGUGGACUAUCCGUGCUCGAGUUACCAACAAAGGUCAGAUUCGCACUUGGAGCAACUCUCGUGGGGAGGGGAAGCUGUUUUCUAUCGAGAUGGUGGAUGAGAGUGGCGAGAUCCGUGCUACUGCUUUCAACGAGCAAGCUGACAAGUUUUUUUCACUUAUUGAAAUGAAUAAGGUAUAUUACUUCUCAAAAGGAACUUUAAAGAUUGCUAACAAACAGUAUACAGCUGUAAAGAAUGACUAUGAAAUGACGUUCAAUAGCGAAACUUCUGUGAUUCCGUGUGAUGACUCCUCUGAUGUCCCAAUGGUGCAGUUUGAUUUUGUUGCCAUUUCAGAGUUGGAAAACAAAAACAAGGAUACGCUACUAGAUGUUAUUGGCAUUUGUAAGAGUUUUGAUGAUGUUGGCAAGGUGACUAUAAAAUCGAACAACCGUGAAGUCUCAAAGCGAAAUAUUCAUUUAAUGGACACAUCGGGCAAGAUGGUCACAACCACAUUGUGGGGUGAGGAUGCAGAUAAAUUUGAUGGCUCCAGACAACCUGUUGUGGCAAUCAAAGGAGCACGGCUGUCUGACUUUGGAGGGCGGUCUUUGUCAGUCUUGUCAUCCAGUACUGUCAUGAUCAAUCCAGAUAUUCCUGAGGCGUUCAAGCUCAGAGGAUGGUUUGAUUCAGAGGGCCAGGUAUUAGAAGGUACAUCGAUCUCAGAGUCUCGUGGUAGUGGAGGAGCAGGAAAUACCAACUGGAAGUCCUUGCUGGAGGUGAAGAAUGAGAAUCUGGGCCAUGGUGAAAAAGCUGAUUAUUUUACCAGUGUUGCUACCAUUGUGUAUCUUCGAAAGGAGAAUUGCCUGUAUCAGGCAUGCCCUUCACAGGAUUGCAAUAAGAAAGUCAUAGACCAGCAGAACGGCCUCUUUCGCUGUGAAAAGUGUGACAAGGAAUUUCCCAACUUUAAGUAUCGCCUCAUUCUGUCAGCAAACAUUGCAGACUUUGGGGAGAAUCAGUGGAUUACAUGCUUCCAGGAAGCAGCUGAAUCAAUUCUUGGCCAGAAUGCGAUGUACCUGGGUGAACUCAAGGAAAAGAAUGAACAAGCUUUCGAGGAGGUAUUUCAGAAUGCCAAUUUCCGCUCCUACACCUUUAGAAUUCGGGUGAAGUUGGAAACGUACAAUGAUGAAUCUCGUAUCAAAGCCACAGCUAUGGAUGUAAAACCAGUUGAUCACAAGGAAUACUCUAGGCGCCUUAUAAUGAACAUCCGGAAACUAGCUGCUCAGGGAGUCUGA